AUGUCUGCCAUGAAGGACAAGCGAGGCAACGAAGCGCGAGCUGCAGAGCGAGGCCCAUCUAGGCCAGAUGCCGUUGCUAGAACCAAGACGGUCGUGCCAGCCAUGACGGCGGCCGACGAGCCACCGCCCAAGGUUGUCAGCGCGGAUCCGGCCAUGUUUGUGCCGCUGGACUUUGACAUCACGGAGCCGAUGGAGCGACCGCGCAGUCGAGUGGACCGGGCCCAGAGUAUGCUGCAGACGGCUGACUUUUACCGGACUGGCGUGCGUCGGGGGAUGGUCUACCUGGCCGAUCUAGACCGGCGGCGGAUUCUGGCCACGGCAGCCCGGGCGGCAGCACGGCCGGGCCAGAAAGACGAUCUGGACGGUCUCGAGCCGGACGAGGCAGAUGUCCUGGUUCACAGCAUGCAGGCGCCGUUGCAGCCGGCAGCCGACCAGGCCUCGUACAUCACGACGGACCAAGAACUGGCCCAGCACAUACCACAGAUCCUGCCCAAAGCCGACGAGCCGGGACGCAAAGAAGCCGGCCGGCAGCUGCAGCAGGUCGUCGAGCUCGUGCUGGGCAAGAUGGACAGCUAUGACAGCCACAUCUGCGCCGUGCGGUCACGAUGGGCAGCCGAUCUGGAGAGGGAGCAAAAGGCCGCAGUAGCCGAGCAGUUCGGCAAGCUAUCCACUACAGACGACGCUGUCGGGCCUGCAGCAUCACAGGCUCAGGAAGCAACGGCAACAUCGUCGGAAGACGUGGGGAUGACAGGCACCUGA